UGGCUCCAAACAGCGAACCGCUAAAAGGUGAGAAACGAACCUUAUUCCUGUGAAUGUCUGCGGGGUGAAGUUUGAUCCGGUAGUCGGCUGAACUCGGCUGAACUCGGUAAAGUCCGGUAAAGUCCGUCCGUCUCCACAAACACUGGAGCUGCAUCUCUUCCUUGUUGUGUUUGCAGUUGGCAGGACACAGCAGCUGCCUGGACACUUUAAAUUAAUAAAUCAGAGUCCUAAAACUACGGAGCACUCCUGUGUUUAAAGCGUUGCCGAGCAGCCCGUUGAGCCACACCGACUUAAAAGCCGUCACACUCAUGGCACCUUCCAGUUGACAGAAUGGCCCAGAUAUCAAGCGGUAAUGGGUUCAAGGUGGACGUCCCCCAGCCGAAGGGGGUCGUGGGUAAAGAGGAAGCCCUCCGCAUGGAGGAGGAGGCUUUAGCAAAGCUGCAAAGGGACAAGAGACACACCCUGUCCACUUCAGCACCCUCGUCUUCCUCUGCAGCGUUCUCCUCCAAACCAAAACCAUCAAAGUCUACCACUGCUGCUCCUCAACCUUUCCCCUGCACCAACAGACCUGAAAAGGACCUCAUUGUCUUCCCAGAGACCAAGAAGCAGGCAGAGCAGGACAAGUUCAGGGAUAUUGACGUGGAGAAGCUGACCAAUGAGGAGCUGGAGAAGCUCCUCCUGGACGACAACUUUGGGGCGAACAGCAAAGUGUCCCGGCCGUCGCUGAUGGGCUUCAACCUCAGCGCCUCCUACCCCGGAGGACACGCCUGUAGCUCCUCCCCUUUCCAGGGCAGCCAGUGGACGCCUGUCCUGUCCACCCCUUCUAACUCCAAUGUGUCCACUCCCACCCACCAGCCCUCGCCCAUGUUCCCCUCGGCUCCGUUCCCCAAACCGGGAACCUUUCAGAACGGCUUCACUCCGACCAUGCAGCCCUUCAUGGCCCUGACGGCGCAGCAGCCGUCCUUCAUGGCCUUCACUCCCAUCCAGCCUGCCGCCGCCGCCGCCGCCAUGGUCUUCCCGCCGCCGGCGGUGACCCCGGAGAUGGCCAAACUGUUCGACAAGAUCGCCAGCACCUCGGAGUACUUGAAGAAUGGCAAAUCGGCCAGCACCGAGCCGGAUUCCUCUCAGGCGGGCACGGCGUCUCUGGAGCCCAACCCGCCCCCCCAGCAGCCGGCAGCCACCGAGUCCUCCAGCAUCAGCCGCUUCGACUGGCUGGAUCUGGACCCGCUGACCAAGAGGAAAGCGGAGGAAGCGGGGGAAGCCGCCCUGGCAUCAGGAGGCGCCGCACAGACGGUACCAGGAGUGGCAGGAGAUCCUUGGGACGCGGUGCUGGAGACCGGAGGGAGCAGCGGCAGCAGCAGCCCCCCGCAGGACGCCAAAGCCUCACUGGCGGUUCGCUCACAGCAGCGGAGAGCUUCGUUUGGAGCCCCCGUCACCAGGAGCCACUCGCUGAACAUCCCAGGGACGUCCUCCCAGCACAAACCAAACAAUCAGGACAAGGGAAAAGGAAAAGGUUUGGUGAAGAAUGCCGCCCUGGAGGAACAGGACGCCCAGAACCUGGAGGUUGUCGCCUUCUGUGAAGACGUAGCAACUCUUCGCUCCAAAUUCCCUCAUGAUGAAAUGUCGACCAACCCCGGCUACGUGCUGAGCCCCGUCAUCACCCAGAGGGACAGCGGAGGAGACAACAGCUGCUCCGUCAAGGUUUCCAUAGAGAUCUCCGACUCCCAGCAGCCCGUCACCUUCACCUGCGACGUGAGUUCUCCAGUGGAGCUGUUGAUCAGUCAGACUCUCUGCUGGGUCCAUGAUGACCUCGACCAGGUCGACUUCUCCAGCUACCUGCUCAAAGUCUGUGGCAAAGAGGAGGUGCUGCAGAAUAAACACAGCCUCGGCAGCCAUGAGUACGUCCAGAACUGCAGGAAGUGGGAGAAUGAGAUCACAUUACAGCUUCUGUCCCGCUCCACCAUGAGGAGAGACUUGGCUCGCAGUGCUGAAGAUGACAACUCUCUGAUCGACCUGGAGAAACACCUGAGCCAGGUGGAGAGGCCCUUCAAGGAGAACGUCACCAGACAAGGCCUGGCUGAUUAUUUAGAGGGAUAUCACAAUCAAGUCAACAUCUGCCUGCAGAAUGAGAGCACCCAGUAUAAGACGGUGGAUCGGGUGGUGCAGACCAUGAAGAACCUCUGUUGUGCUCUGGACGAGGUGGAGACUCAGACCGUCACAGAGGCCAUCAAGAGGCUGAGACACUCCGUCAACCUGCCCCGCACACGCUCUCCCAAGUUGGGCUCCACAUCGUCUGGUCAGUCAUCUAAUGGUCACAGUGGUCCCGUGGAGGAGGGCAUGGCCUUACUGACUCAAGCUGUCUACGAGCUGGCCAAGCUCUACCUGCGCUCCUUCUGCCCCCCUCAAGCCUCCUUCAGCUCCCCUCCUCCUCCUCAGGCUGCAGACGGAGAAGGAGCAGAGGGGAAAACCAGCAGAGAAGCUUCUGGCACCACGGACCACCUUCAGUUCACGCUGUUCGCCCUGCACGGCAUCCCGCCCAACUGGGUCAGCAGUUAUGAGAAGUACUUCCUGAUGUGUUCCCUCACCCACAACGGCAAGAACCUGUUCAAACCGGUCCAGUCCAAGAGAGUGGGCACGUACAAGAGCUUCUUCUACCACAUCAAAUGGGACGAACUGAUCAACUUCCCGAUAGCGGUGGCUGUUCUCCCGCUGGAGUCGGUCCUGAGCCUGACCCUGUUCGGGGUUCUGAACCAGAACGCCAGCGGAUCUCCAGACUCCAACAAACAGAGGAAAGCUCCGGAGAUGUUGGGCAAAGUGUCGAUGCCGCUCUUUGACUUCAGACGGGUGCUGGCCCGGGGCAGCAGGUUGUUGUGUCUGUGGACGUCUGCCCAGGGAGCUGCUGCUGCCACCGGCUCCACCGGCAGCCGCAGGAGGUUGUCAGCAGAGAGGAUCGUGCUGCAGGUGGACUUCCCCAACUCACCACUAGAUGUUUUGUAUGUGGGACCCAAGGAAGACCCCAAACCUGAGCCCCAGACCCUGGAGGAGCUGGACCCUGAUCUGAGACGCAAACUGGAGAAAAUCUGCAGCCGAGCUUCCAACUUUGGGCUGAAGCGAGCCGACCACCAGCUGCUGUGGGACCACCGGCUCCACUGUAGGAAGGACCACCCCAGCAGCCUCCCCAAGGUUCUGGCCAGUGCUCCCAGUUGGGACUGGGCCAGCAUGGCUCACAUCCACUCCCUGCUGCACCACUGGCCCCCGCUGCCCCCCGUCACCGCGCUGGAGCUGCUCGACUCCAAGUUUGCAGAUACAGAAGUGAGGACUGUGGCUGUGAGCUGGAUAGAGAAGAGCAGUGAUGAUGAGCUGGCUGACUACCUGCCGCAGCUCGUUCAGGCGUUAAAGUACGAGUGUCACCUGAAGAACGCGCUGGUCAUGUUCCUGCUGUCCAGAGCUCAGGGCAACAUCAACAUCGCCCACUACCUCUACUGGCUGCUGAAGGACGCGGUGCAGGACCCGGCCUGGGGGCGGCGCUAUGAGCGGGUGCUGGGUGCCCUGCUGUGUCUGUGUGGGGUGAAGCUGAGGGCCGAGCUGGAGAAGCAGACUCACCUGGUCACCCUGCUGGGGGCCGUGGCCGAGAGGGUCCGACAGGCCGGGGGCUCCACACGACAGGUGGCGCUGCAGGAGGGCCUUGAAAAUGUGCAGAACUUCUUCCAGAGGAACAGCUGCCGGCUGCCCCUCAGCCCCAGCCUGGUGGCCAAGGAGCUCAACUUCAAGGCCUGCUCCUUCUUCAACUCCAACGCUGUUCCCCUGAAGCUGGCCCUGGUCAACGCCGACCCGCUGGGAGAGGAGAUCAAUGUGAUGUUCAAGGUGGGAGAGGACCUGAGACAGGACAUGUUGGCUCUCCAGAUGAUUCGUAUCAUGGAUCGUAUCUGGCUGCAAGAGGGGCUGGACCUCCGCAUCGUCAACUUCAAGUGCAUCUCCACCGGCAAGGACAAAGGCAUGGUGGAGCUGGUGCCGUCCUCCGACACCCUGAGGAAGAUCCAGGUGGAGUACGGCGUCACCGGGUCCUUUAAGGACAAACCGCUGGCAGAGUGGCUCCGCAAGUACAACCCUGCUGAGGACGAGUACGAGAAGGCGUCGGAGAACUUCAUCUACUCGUGUGCCGGCUGCUGCGUGGCCACGUACGUUCUGGGCAUCUGUGACCGCCACAACGACAACAUCAUGCUGCGCUCCACCGGUCACAUGUUCCACAUCGACUUCGGCAAGUUCCUGGGCCACGCCCAGAUGUUUGGCAGCUUCAAAAGGGACCGCGCCCCCUUCGUCCUGACCUCUGACAUGGCGUACGUCAUCAACGGCGGCGAGCGUCCCACCAGCCGCUUCCAGCUCUUUGUGGACCUCUGCUGCCAGGCCUACAACCUGAUCCGCAAACACUCGGGACUCUUCCUCAACCUGCUGUCACUGAUGACGUCGUCGGGCCUCCCGGAGCUGACCGGCUCUCAGGAUCUGAAGUACGUGUUUGAUGCUCUGCAGCCGCACAACACGGACGCCGAGGCAACAAUCUUCUUCACCAGGCUGAUUGAGUCCAGUCUGGGCAGCGUGGCCACCAAGUUCAACUUCUUCAUCCACAACCUGGCCCAGCUCAGGUUCUCCGGCCUGCCGGCCAACGACGAGCCCAUCCUGUCCUUCUCCCCCAAGACCUACACCCUGAAACAGGAGGGACGCAUCCUCCACGCCUCCAUCUUCUCCUUCCAGAAGAGAUACAACCCCGACAAGCACUAUACGUACGUGGUGAGGAUCCUGAGAGAAGGCCACAACGAGCCUCAGUUUGUCUUCCGCACUUUUGAUGAGUUUCAGGAGCUCCACAACAAGCUGAGCAUCCUGUUCCCCCUCUGGAAGCUGCCCAGUUUCCCAAAUAAAAUGGUUCUGGGUCGAACCCACAUCAAAGAGGUGGCAGCCAAGAGGAAACUGGAGCUGAACAACUACGUCCACAACCUGAUGAGGAGCUCCACAGAGGUCACACAGUGUGAUCUCGUCUACACUUUCUUCCAUCCGAUCGCUCGUGACGACAAGACUGAAGGCCUGGACUCCACACCCAAAGCUCCAGAGCCUCCUCUGAGCCCCACGUCUGGUCGGGUGGAGGGAGAAGUGAAGCUGUCGAUCUCCUACAGGAACAGCAACCUGUUCAUCAUGGUCAUGCACAUCAGAGAUCUGGUCUCUGAGGACGGAACAGAUCCAAACCCGUAUGUGAAGACCUACCUGCUCCCAGAUCCACACAAGACUUCCAAACGCAAGACCAAGAUCUCCAGGAAAACCAGGAACCCCACCUUCAACGAGAUGCUGGUGUACAGCGGCUACAGUAAGGAGACUCUGGGCCUGCGGGAGCUGCAGCUCAGCGUGCUCAGCGCCGAGUCGCUGCGUGAGAACUACUUCCUGGGCGGCAUCACGCUCAGACUCAAAGACUUUGACCUCAGCAAGGAGACGGUCAAGUGGUACAAACUGACGGCCGUGCCUUACUUCUGACCUGCUCCUCAACACCUCCGACCCGCUGCCUCUCCCACGCCGCCACGUCUCCACGGCAACACAAACAGCUGCAUUCACUUCAUACGGGAACACCUGAAAACAUCAAAUAUCACUGCAGAGUUAAUAAAAUACAGCAGCAGGACACAAAAGUCUGGAGAGGAAUCGAAGGUUUCUGACGUGAUAUUUUCAUUCCAAAUCCAACAAACUGAUUUAUAACAGUUCAAAAACUGUCACAUGAAUCAUGUUGCGAUCAAUGUUCCUAAAGGGAUCGUACAGAUUUAUUAAAGUGUGGUUAUAUGAGGUAUUUAUCCUCAGCAGGCAGGAGAACUAGAAGCUCUCAGCAGUGUGAUACUGUGGCUAAAUAUAUUUUAGACGCCUAAAAAAAUCAUGAAAUGGACUUUCCCAUCAGAUUCUAAUGAAUAGAGAUGCACCUGGACACUGACUGGAUAAGUUCCUCAUACAACCACACUUUAAAAAAAACUAUUAAUUUCAGACAUCAUGACAGGAAACAGCUGUUUGUUGCUAAAAAAAAAAGACAUGCAACACUAAAUAAAUGUGCAGUAAACUGUCCUGUAACAAGCCGAUCCUAAAUAAUUUCAUCGUUGUUUCCUUGCAGCUUCGAACCAGGUUGGACAGCAAACAGUCGGGUUUAUAAAACAGAAAUAAUUCUAAUAGUUUCUUCAGUGUUUCUUCCCGUAUGAGCUGAAUGCAGACUGGAGGGGAGCCUGCUCUCCUCUCUCCACCAUCUCCCUCUUUAACUAAUCAAAGAUUGUUUCUGUGACAAACAAUCUCCACUUAUUUUGUCUCUCUCUCUUUCUCUCUUUCUCUUUCUUUCUCUUUUUCCUAAACUAUAACGAAGAGCUGUAAUUGUUUUGUACAUUUUGAUAUUAGAGGACCAAAACGGCUUACUUUCAGAAGAGUAUAUAUAGAUUGACACAUUUAUUUUUUAAGGACUAGAAUGGGGGCUCAUUUUUACAGUUUUUUUUUUUCCUUGUUUAUUUUCUACAUAGACGAGUAGGAGGCAUCAGGGUUUCUUGUGGGUAGACGAGUCCAGCACAGAGUCCAGAGAUCACAGAGAACGUGCCAAAAGUAACGAGGAGGACAGAAAUCAAACCACUGAACACAAAGGGUGCCUUCGUUUGUGCUCACAAUCCCUUUUUAAUGCUCAACUUGGCCUUAUUGCUAUAUAUAUAUAUAUAUAUAUAUUAUAUAUAUUUUAUUAACAAUGUGAUAUGUCCUUAUUAACCCUCUGGAACCACUCGGGACAUUUUCAGCCAUAUUUUGUCAUUUUUCACUUUUGUUUUUGGUAAUAAUUUUGCCUUUGAUACUGCAAAUGACAUGAUUUUUGGAAGAAGGUUUUUGAAAUUCAGAUAUCAAUAUUCAAUAUCUCUGAUGGGUUAAUAAUAAUACACUGUGUACACAUUUACGACCCUUCGGGCUGAAAAUGUCCACCUCCAAAAUGCUAUAAAAACUUUAUAGAUUAAUAU